AUGCCACAACUUUUUCAAGUGUUAAGAUGCUAUAAAUGUUUAGCGUUUCAGGUCCAUCACAGCAAAAAGAGCAAUAAAUUUUUAUGUAAAGUAUGUAAUGAGAAACAAUCUAUUAAGAGACAUUAUGGUGUCGGGAUAGCAAAAGACUGUAGACUGCAUGUACAAAAACUUAACAAAUUGAGAGGAGAGAAGGAUAACACAGUACUUGAAAGUCUUGAAGACAGUUCAGAAGAGUGUAAAGAUGAUAAUACUUCUGAAAAUAGCUGUGAAGAUAUUACUUCUAAUAUAGAAGUUAGUAAAAAAAGAAGUAAAUGGUUAGCAUAUGUUGAUGUUGAUACAACUGAGGCUGAAGAAAAUCACUCCUCGGAAGAAGACAGAGAAAGUGGCAAGUAUAAUGCCAGGAGGCAGAACAAAAAUAUGUAUACAAAAUAUAAAAGAAAAAGAAAAAGCAGUAUUCCGAAACAGGAUAGUGAUACAGAAUUAGAAAGUAGUUAUAUAGAAAAUGAUAUUCAAAGAGAUAAAAGUGAUUUAAAUACAUCCUAUGAAAGAAAAUUAAUUACCACAGAUAUGAAUAGUACUUUGAGAGACAAUGAUAGUAUAAACGACAAUGUAAACCCAAUUAAAAGACCUAAAUUUGAACCUCCGGUGGUAGCAAGAACAUCAAAAUGGGCAAAUUUUAUUGAGGAAGAUGAAAAUAUAGAAAAUAUAACUCAAGACGACAAGGACUUGACUCACAAUAUACAGCCGAUGUUCAGUUUAUGUGAUGAAAGUGACAUUGAUGAUGUGUUGAACAUUUAA